AGCUUCUGUUUAUAUCCACACACACUCUCUCUCUCACACACACACACACAGCGCAGCGACUCUCACGUUUAUACUUCAUAUAUUUAGAUAUAAAUAUGAGCAGGUUAAAACGGAUCACCCGGCUGUGUUAGUGUAUAAUUCAGGCUUUGUUAGCAGGUAGCUGUGUGUGUGUGUGUGUUAGCACUGUAUGUGUGUGUGUGUGUGUGUAUAUAAGUGUGUGUGUGCGCGCGUGCGGUUUAUUGUUUUUGUUCUGCUAGCAGCUGGAGCUAAAGGCUAAGCUAACGGACCGGUACCCGAACCGAACCCGCUGGAAUAACCGUCACCAACCGACACGGUUCAUGCAGUGCUUCUGCAGCCGUCGAUCGCCAUCCUGAUGGAGCCGAGACGGAGCUGAGAUCGGCCGCGCGGUCGCGUAAACCAGAGCACACGCGCACACCAGCGAAACGCACGCCUCCACGCCGUGCCCAUGUUUUCCCCCGAGCAGGAGAACAUCUCCACCUCCUCCACCAAAGUGCCAAUCAAAUACGGAGAGCUGAUCGUACUCGGGUACAAUGGCUCUCUUCCGAACGGAGACCGGGGCCGGCGGAAGAGCCGCUUCGCUCUUUUCAAGCGACCCAAAGCGAACGGAGUCAAACCCAGCACUAUGCACGUAGCCUGCUCGCCGCAAGCAGCCAAGGCCAUAAGUAACAAGGACCAGCACAGUAUCUCAUACACUCUGUCCCGAGCUCAGACGGUGGUGGUGGAGUACACACACGACAGCAAUACAGACAUGUUCCAGAUCGGCCGCUCCACCGAGAGUCCGAUAGACUUCGUGGUGACGGACACGAUCCCGGGUGGUCAGAGCAAUUCGGAGACCCAGUCCGUGCAGAGCACCAUCUCACGCUUCGCCUGCCGCAUCAUAUGCCAGCGGACCCCACCCUACACGGUCCGCAUCUACGCCGCCGGCUUCGACUCGUCCAAGAACAUCUUCCUUGGGGAGAAGGCGGCGAAGUGGCGGACGCCGGACGGACAGAUGGACGGACUGACCACGAACGGCGUGCUGGUGAUGCACCCGCGCAACGGCUUCACCGAGGACUCCAAACCCGGCGUGUGGAGGGAGAUCUCGGUGUGCGGCAACGUCUUCACGCUCCGCGAGACCCGUUCCUCGCAGCAGCGCGGGAAAAUGGUUGAGAGCGAAACCCAGGAGCUGUCGGACGGCGCUCUCAUCGACCUGUGCGGCGCCACCCUGCUGUGGCGCACGGCCGAGGGCCUCCGGCGCGCCCCCACCGUCAAGCACCUGGAGGCCCUGCGGCAGGAGCUGAACGCGGCGCGCCCGCAGUGCCCGGUGGGCCUGAACACGCUGGCGUUCCCCAGCAUGCGGCGCUGCCAGGGCGCCGUGGCCGAGAAGCAGCCGUGGGCGUACCUGCAGUGCGGACACGUGCACGGCUACCACGACUGGGGCGAGCGGGCCGGGGCCGGGGGCGGGGCCGAGCGCGAGUGCCCCAUGUGCCGGGCCCGCGGGCCCUACGUGCCGCUCUGGCUGGGCUGCGAGGCCGGCCUGUACGUGGACGCCGCCCCGCCCACUCACACCUUCAGCCCGUGCGGCCACGUGUGCUCGGAGAAGACGGCGGCGUUCUGGAGCCAGAUCCCGCUGCCGCACGGGACGCACACCUUCCACGCCGCCUGUCCCUUCUGCGCCCAGCAGCUCAGUACCGGCCACAACCACAUACGCCUCAUCUUCCAGGGGCCGGUUGACUGAUCCUGGAGGUUUUUUAGGCAGGACUCUUUACAGGUUCUUCACAUCAGGCCUGUUGAUCUUACAAAUAUGACCCAGUGGUGUCAUAUCAGGCUCAAAUAUCCCAGCAGCCCACUGACUAACCUUUUUAGAGCCAUCUCUAUCCACGUCCUUAUAUUUAUGAGCUCCACCUCUGACCCCAUGCAAACAGGAGGCCUUGAUGCCCGUCCUUGUCCUCUUUGGCUUUUUCUCUCUCACUUUUUUGUAUCGUCCUGUCCAAGAAUCCAAACUUCCAUAUUAAACAGUGUAUCAGAACAGUACACCAGUCUAAGCCUGUCACAGAUCAUUAUACUUCUGUAUUUCUUCCAGCGUAAGCGUAGCCAGUUCCCAUAUCACGGUUCUUUUCUGAGCUGAGACUGUUAUGCUUCACUUCGACACACUUGCAGUGCCUGGUCACAUCUUUCAGGUUCCAAAAUCAUCACACAAACAGAUCCGAUCCAGUCGUUCAGUCACAGAAAGAAGCAGCUGCGUGAAUUAAUGAAUUAAAAACUGAUAUGACACACAUACAAUGAUCAGGCAUAACAUUAUGACCACCUUCCACAGCCCUGCAACUGCGAUGCACUGUGUAUUCCGACUCCGUUUGAUCAGAAUCAGCAUUAUUUUAGCGACCCAAGUGCAUCAGUGAGCCUUUGGUUGCCGGUUUACCACUGUUCCUGAUAGAUACUGACCCCUCUGACAAUUCGGCCCUUGUCAGACUCGCUCAGAUCCUCACGCUCGCCCAUUUUUCCUGCUUCUAACAUCAACUUUGAGGAUAAAAUGUUCACCUGCUGCCUAAUAUACCCCCCCCCCCCCCCCCCCCCACUAACAGGUGCCGUGAUGAAGAGAUACUCAGUGUUAUUCACUUCACCUCUCAGCGGUCAUAAUGUUAUGCCUGGUCGGUGUAAGUAAAACAUACCGAAUGUAGAAUUUGAACACAGACUUUUAUUUACCUACUUAUCCCAGGGCCUAGGGCGUAGUAGCCAGUCCACCUGCUGGCAUGUUUUUGGGAAAUUUGAGGAGAAACACCUGGGGAAAAGUGCAGUAGACACACGGAGCGCAUCACUAAGUGAGGUUCGAACUCAGGUACCCAGGACCAUGGAGCUGUGAGACACCCUUCCUACAUACACGACCCAGGCAACACAAACAAUCCAAUUUCCUCUCUCUGCUCUGUACAAUCUGGUCCCACUGUGACUCACAGGAUGUAACAUAAAGCCUCCACAAGGGGGUGCUCACGUACAAGUUUAUUUAAUAUUUAUUAUUUUUCUCAGUGACCAUUCCUUUUGGUCGGUGCUAGACUAGAACUCAGCGUUCGCUGUGCGAUCGAAACUCGGCUCUCGAUCGCUAUGUGUGAACUACUCAACAACUCGAUCCAAGUGGCACUGAAGAGAGAUCUCUAGCUGGUCAGAUAUCUGGAUCUGAGUUGCCCGACUGGCACUGAGUGCUAUGUCGAACAGCCAAUGAGAACGCAAGAUACAGGGUGAGGGGACGUAAUAAAGUUUAUAUCAGAAUACAUCAACACACACACACACACGUUUUACAGUAUUUCUGACCUUAUCGCUCUUUACAAAACACCCACGCUGCAUUGCAAAAAAUAUUUAUUAACCUCCAACUCACUACAGAACAAUCCAUGCUGUUCUUAUUUUUCCUCUUUGAUUUUACGCUGCACAUCGGCGCCCAAACUUCGAUCGCUCGCUACUUGGUGACGUGCAUUUUUGGACGUGGUAUCAUUAAACCCCUCGUCACUUCUCAUGUUUGUUUUCAUGACAAAACGUAGUUUGGGAGAGCAGAGAAGCUCGCCUGUGAUUCCAGUUGGUGAUAGAUGGUGUAGUGUAGUGUGAACUUGGCACUAAGUGUCGUGAUUUAGGGUUUGGAAAGCCCUGCAGUACAGAACGGGGGUGAGGGUGUGUCAGACUUACUGCAGUAUAAUGAACGACCCAGAACAAGCCAGAAUUGAAGAAUCGGAGUGUAGACACGUCCUCGGAGUCUUACUGCUAAAACGAGAGCGGAAAUGAUCACGACGGGCCCGAACACGCCGUGCUGGUGUACUAGUUCUGAUACUUUCCUGCCGACUCUCGAGACUUGAACUGUUUUUAUUCCUUCUGCUUUUUAAGUGAUCUUUUUCUAAGUGAUAUUUCUUAAUUCAGAAGACAAACAGCAAUUUAUAUUUUCAUGCAAAACCUGGACGAUGCAAAAAAAAAAAAAAGACAAAUGAAAACAGAACUGGUCUGAACGGCCGCAAUAAUCGUUUGGUGCUGUGCGGACUGGAUUGGGGGGGCUGAGUGAUUUAUACAGUAAUAUAUUACAGUGUUUCUCGGUUAUUAAUAUGCUAACGGUUCAUCAUCUACUUGAGUUCAGUGACCAGAGUGUAUAAGGACGAUACGCUUGAUAUGUCGCCGGUGCUGCACUGAGCAAACAGAGGAUUUUGAAUUUACGGACAUUUUCCACGUAAAUCAGAUCUGCCUAACUUAAAAAUACCUAACGUUUUUAUUUAUACCUAGUGUUAAUGUUAAUCACAUGUAAAGUAUCCGUGUGUCAUUUUAAGGUUUGGUUCUGUAUGUGUUUUUUUCCCGGCCUUGCGUACUCAGUGUUUAUGUAGCUACCACACACACACACACACACACACACACACACACACACACACACACACACACACACACACACACACACACACACACACAAA